AUGAACAGAGACAAAUUGGAGCAAAGGCGCCAAAGUUUUAAGGGAGCCGGCUUCACCAAGGAGGAGCAUCGACGCCGACGAGAAGAGGCUUCUGUAGAAAUCCGCAGAGUUAAACGGGAGGAUACCCUUAGCAAAAGAAGAGGCCUUCAGCCUGCCGGGACCUGCGAGGCUGGUUCAUCAUCAUCUGCUAUUUUUGCUUCUUAUUCUGAUGAGGAUGAGGACAAAUCCCUUUUUUCUGCCAAUUCACCAAAAUCUUUAAAGCACGCUGGCGCUGUUGAAUUUAGGCGCAUCCUCUCAAAGGAAAGGAAUCCCCCGAUUGAUGAUGUCAUAUCUUGUAACAUCGUUCCCCGUUUGGUUCAGCUGUUAACAGCGCCACAGGGAAAAUAUCCCAACGAAACUAGCCCCGAGGAGAGCAUUCAAUUUGAGUCCGCCUGGGCGAUCACAAAUAUUGCUUCAGGCACUUCAUCACAAACUUGGACCUGUGUGCAGCACAAUGCCAUUCCCGUCUUUAUCCAGCUCUUACAGACAACAGAUUCCAAAGAUGUUUUGGAGCAGUCUGUCUGGGCUUUGGGAAAUAUUGCAGGAGAUACAACGGAAACAAGGAAUAUGGCCUUGAAUUCCGGGAUAAUGGGCCCUCUGUUGAGUGUCAUUCAAAAUGCCUUGAAUUCCCCUUCUUUGCUAAGAAACGCCGUUUGGACGCUUUCCAACUUGUGCAGAGGAAAGCCUGCGCCGCCCUGGGGCUCCGUAGUCGACUGCAUUCCCGUUUUGGCUGGACUUUUGAGAAGCAUCCAAAGCGACAAUGAGGUUAUCGCCGACUCCCUAUGGUCCCUUUCUUACCUUUCCGAUGGUCCUAACAACCACAUUGAUGUCGUUCUGCAAUCAGGCAUAAUUCCACGUGUUGUAGAGCUGCUAGCAUCGCCGAACUCUACUCCUGCAAUUCAGACCCCUGCCCUCCGUACUCUGGGAAAUAUAGUCACUGGAAAUGAUAUUCAGACGCAAGCCGUUCUGCAAGCUAAUAUCCUGCCAGCGCUUGUUUCAUUGCUACGCUCCAAUCCAAAGGCAUCCCUUAUAAAAGAGACUUGCUGGACUAUCUCCAACAUUACUGCAGGCAACCCAGACCAAAUCCAGGCUGUUAUAUAUUCUGGAAUCGUCCCUCUUGUCAUUGAUAUUCUUGAAAAUGGGGAAUUUAAAGCCCGAAAAGAAGCUUGCUGGGCAAUUUCAAAUGCUACCUCUUCAAAGUCUACGCGCCCAGAUCAAGUUCGAUAUCUGGUCACUGAAAAUUGCAUUCCUCCUCUUUGCGAUAUCCUUUCAUGCCAAGACAGCAAGAUCCUUCAGGUGGCCCUCGAGGCUCUUGAUGCUAUUCUUGAAGUGGGGGAGCGAGACUUUCUUGCCUCUGGCGGGUCGAUUGGAGAUUGCCAGCCUUAUGCUCUUCAAGUGGAAGAGUCUGGAGGCCUUGAUCGUAUAUACGAACUACAGGGACAUGAAAAUGUCCAUAUUUACGAAAAGGCAAAAUCGAUACUGGAAAAGUAUUUUUCUGAGGGGGAGGAUACUCUCCUUGGAGGAAGCUAG